ACGAUUUGGUGCAGCCGGGGUUUGGUACCGAGCGGAGAGGAGAUGCACACGGCACUCGAGUGUGAGGAAAAAUAGAAAUGAAGGUACAUAUGCACACAAAAUUUUGCCUCAUUUGUUUGCUGACAUUUAUUUUCCAUCAUUGCAACCAUUGCCAUGAAGACCAUGACCAUGACCAUGGCCCUGAAGAACACCACAGACACCACUGUGGAAUGACAGAGUCAGAGCCGAGCAAAUUUUCAGUGCUGGAUGCUGAAAACCAAAAAAAAUGCUAUAUUGAAAAACUGUUUUACCGUUAUGGUGAAAAUGGAAGGUUGUCCUUUUUCGGUCUGGAGAAACUUUUAACAAACUUGGGCCUUGGAGAGAUAAAAGUAGUUGAGAUCAAUCAUGAGGAUCUUGGCCACGAUCAUGUUUCUCACUUAGAUAUUUUGGCAGUUCAAGAGGGAAAGCAUUUUCACUCACAUAGUCACCAGCAUCCCCAUAAUCAUUUAAAUUCAGAAAACCAAACUGUGACUGGGAUAGCAACAAAAAGAAACCAUAAAUGUGACCCUGAGAAAGAGACAGUUGAAGUGUCUGUGAAAUCUGAUGCAAAGCACGGCCAUGAGCACAAUCGUCGCUUCCAUCACCACCAUCGUUCACACCAUCGCCUUGAUCACAACACUACUCGCCAUUUACAUAAUGAUUCUAUUCCUCACGGCGAGCGCGGGGAGCCUAGCCAUGAACCUUCAACAGAAACCAACACAACACAGGAGCAGCGUGAAAUUAAGCCACAGAAACAAAAGAAGAGAAGAAAAGGGAAGAAAAAUGACAACUCAGAGGUUAUUACACCAGGCUUUCCCCCUAACCAUGAUCAGGGAGAACAGUAUGAGCAUAACCGGGUCCAUAAACCUGAUCGUGCACAUAACCCGAGUCAUUCUAAUGCCCACCUGCCAGAACAUAAUGGUCACGAGCCUGCUCAUGGACACCAGGAUCUUGAUUCUGAUAAUGAAGGUGAACUUCGACAUACUAGAAAGCGAGAAGCGCCGCAUGUUAAAAAAAGUGCAAUUUAUUCAGCUGCCAGUCACAAAGAUCAUAAUGAAGAUGACCAUCAGCACGAUGAGUGUUUGAACGUCACUCAGUUGUUGAAAUACUAUGGUCAUGAUGCCAGCUCUCCUAUCUCACCUGACCUAUUUACAUGCCUUUGCCCUGCAUUGUUAUAUCAGAUUGACAGCAGACUUUGUAUUGAGCAUUUUGAUAAACUUUUAGUUGAAGAUUUAAGCAAAGAUAAAAGUCUAGUUCCUGAAGAUAAGUCAAAUGUAGGUGCAUCAGCAUGGAUUUGUGGUAUCAUUUCUAUCACUGUCAUUAGCCUGCUUUCCUUGCUAGGCGUGAUCUUGGUUCCCAUCAUUAACCAGGGAUGCUUCAAAUUCCUUCUCACAUUCCUUGUUGCACUAGCUGUAGGAACAAUGAGUGGAGAUGCCCUUCUUCAUCUACUGCCCCAUUCUCAGGGUGGACAUGAUCACAGUCAUCAGCAUGCACAUGGGCAUGGACAUUCUCAUGGGCAUGAACCGAAGAAGUUUUUGGAAGAAUAUGAUGCUGUUUUGAAAGGACUCGUGGCCCUAGGAGGCAUUUACUUGCUGUUUAUCAUUGAGCACUGUAUUAGAAUGUUUAAGCACUACAAACAGCAAAGGGGAAAACAGAAAUGGUUUAUGAAGCAGAACACAGAAGAAUCAACUAUUGGAAGAAAGCUUUCAGACCAUAAACUAAAUAAUACACCAGACACUGACUGGCUUCAGCUCAAGCCUCUUGCCGGAACAGAUGACUCGGUUGUCUCUGAAGAUCGACUUAAUGAAACUGAACUGACAGAUUUAGAAGGGCAGCAGGAAUCCCCUCCUAAAAAUUACCUUUGUGUUGAAGAGGAGAAAAUCAUGGACCAUUCUCACAGGGAUGGCUUGCAUGCUCUUCAUGAGCAUGAUCUCCAUGCGGCUGCACAUAACCACCACGAGGAGAGUCAAACGGUGCUGAGGAAGCAUAACCAUCAGUGGCACCACAAGCAUUCUCAUCAUUCCCAUGGUCCCUGUCACUCUGGCUCAGAUCUGAAGGAGACAGGAAUAGCGAAUAUAGCUUGGAUGGUCAUCAUGGGCGAUGGCAUCCACAACUUCAGUGAUGGGUUAGCUAUUGGAGCCGCGUUCAGUGCCGGACUGACAGGGGGCAUCAGUACUUCCAUCGCUGUUUUCUGUCAUGAACUCCCACAUGAAUUAGGUGACUUUGCAGUUCUGCUUAAAGCAGGCAUGACUGUAAAACAAGCGAUUGUGUACAAUCUCCUCUCUGCGAUGAUGGCUUACAUAGGCAUGCUGAUCGGCACCGCUGUUGGGCAGUACGCCAACAACAUCACACUUUGGAUCUUUGCCAUAACAGCUGGCAUGUUCCUCUAUGUGGCCUUGGUGGAUAUGCUUCCAGAAAUGCUGCAUGGUGAUGGUGACAAUGAAGAGCAUGGCUUUUGUCCUGUGGGGCAGUUCGUUCUGCAGAACUUAGGAUUGCUCUUUGGGUUUGCCAUCAUGCUGGUGAUUGCCCUCUAUGAAGACAAAAUUGUGUUUGACAUCCAGUUCUGACCAGUCCCGGUAAUCGCCGUGGAUCACGAGAAUGGUGUCAUGCAGCUUUGCAUUUCCUGUACUGUAUGCACAGUGCUC